AUGUUACAAUGUGCAGCACAGUGGAAGUCCCCCCUACAUCUCAUUUGGAAGGGAAAGGGAAGCAGAGACUCAAAGAAGGAUAAUCUCAUUGAGGGAUCGGAACAUUUCAGCAUAUAUCUUGGUCAAACGGAUUACUCUACCGUACUUGUGGAUGACCAGAUGCAAUACCUCUUACGCUCUGCACAGGAUGUCCUUCUCCACAGCAACAAUAGCCUGAGACAUUUAGCCACAAUGACCUUUGGAGAAUCUAACCCAGCCGCAGAAGAGCUUGCAGAUAGGAUGAACCAAAUUAUGAUAUAUUUGCGAUUCUAUCCCCCUGAUGUCAGGAACCUUUCUACACCUGGGACUCCUUGGCAAGCAUUGUCUGUUGAGAUGAGGCAAGCCUUACCCUUUGAAUUUUUGUUAAGUUUGAGCCUCUUCAAGCUGAUUCAGAAGUCUACUGCUACCAAUAGAAAUCAGAGUCUUGUUUGCCUAUUCUCGACAAUCACUAUCAUUCAUGAGCUCGCUCAUAUAGUGAUGUAUACCUUCACCUCACAGGACACCUCUCUAAAGUUUCAUGGGAACAUGCCAUUAGAGGCUGAUGCUAAGAGAGGGGAGGCAGGAGCCAGUAUAGAGACAGUGAUGAUUGGAGGGGAAGCAUUUCUGGCAACCCCAUCUAGAUCCACCAUCCAGACAGUUGACCCCUCCCAUGUUAUCAUAGUUGUGGCAACAACAAGUGAAGAUGAUCAGUGGAAAAUUCUUGAUGAAAAUACUGUCAAUCUGACAGAUAUUGCGUCUGGUAACUGGAGUCACAUCAGCGAUGUACCAAUACAGCCUUUUCCAUCUAAUUUCUCCCUUGUGAAACCAGAAUCUUCUGAUGUAAAACUCCCUUCAUUCUCAGUGCCAUCGUCUUCCUAUGUUGUUUGGGUACCUCCGUCAAGUAUUCCUGGGGUAAAAUAUUGA